AUGUCUUCUUCUUCCUCUUCUUCUUCUUCGUCGUCAACUCACGGAUAUGAACAUGUGAGUUUUGGAAUUGUUUGGGAAUGAAAGGUGUUAAAAAAUGAACCUGAAGAUUCCCCGACCUUUGAUUUCCCAAAAAAAUAAAAAAUUUUCACUGGCUGAAUUUCCAAAUUUAUAAUUACAGUUUCCACGAAACAGCGAAUACGACAAAUUCUUUCACACCAAGCGACUUCUUUUAGAAAACCAAGAGGUAAAAUUCAAAUUUCAAAUUUAAAACCAUUUAAAUUUUUUUUCCUUCAGUACCUACGACCGGAGUAUGUUCAAAAAAGUAUUGAAAUGAUGAAAGAAGCCGACGAGUAUAUUGUAAGUUUACAGAAAUCAAGUUUAGCCUAACUAAGAAAAACAAUUUCAAAAUUUUCAGGAAAAGGGGGUGAUGCGACUUCGAGGCGAGAAUUCAACGCACGAUUAUUUUCGAGAAUAUUUUCUAUUACCAUCCAAAACUAACCAAAACAUCAACAACAACAACUCGACGAACGAGAAAUGCAAAAAAUGA